CUCCCCUUCGGAUUCUUGCUCUUUUUCAGCUUGGAUUGGACAAUCAUUCGCUGCCACUCAAUUCGCCAUUGCCACCUUAAUUCUGCGUGAAAGUGGGUUUCUUCGAAUAAAGAUGAGGAAAUGCGAAAAUUUACCCAGUAUGUGUGCCAUGACGAACUUUGUAUCACAUCUUGGCUCUGCUUAUCGGCAUAAAAUAUCCAAUAUCGCCGUUUAUAAAAUAUCCCUUUCAGGAUUAUACCAUUCAUUCAUGCUACAUCCACCAGCCUUACCGAAUUUUCGUGAAUUUGAGGAACGCGCCAUCCAGGAUAUCAAUAUCUCUAUCAACUUUUUUUCAUCACAAAAGAACCCAUCGACGGGUAAAUCGACGAUCAAAAGAGUUCUCGUCGUGAUUGCACCGAUACUCCGAUGUUAAUCUAAUAAGGUUGGGAAGAAUCUGGGGGAAAUCAUUGCUCCAUUAAACUUCUCCACUCUCUCAGAGAUGCGAAUGGAGUUGUCGGAUUGGUUGGCUUGGACGUCUUAUCGGACCCAGGCCUCUAAUAGCUUUAAUAUCCGGCAUGUAUAAUGUAUUGUUGACUUUUCAAGACAUUAGUUGAUAUAAUGGGCGAUGUACCAGUUACCAGGAUAAGCGUCAAGUGAGGGGCCGGAAUACAUUUCUAGCCACACAGCUAUCUUCAACGUCUAGCUGCAGCAAGAUAUCCGGCAAUGUUGUAUCUUUUAUCUGCCGUUACACCUCAUACGAUCUUUCAGGAUCUUCACUAUUUGGAUAUACAUGAAAUAAAGUAUAUUUCACUCCAAUCGCGGAGGUACCUAAUACAAAGGUCCGACUCCGCUGGAAGCACAGAAUUCAAUCAAGGUGUGGUGUGCUUCCGUGCCUGCGUCUGCAGGGUACAGAUGCAUGGGAUAUACACAUUUCCGCAACAUUCCAGUGGACUGACUGUUACUGAGUAUACUGCGCGAUGGAUAGCAACAUGAUAGAUCAGGUAUUUGCAUGAUAGAUGUCUUGCAAUCGAAAUGAAUCAUGAUGAUGUAGAUAACUACAAGCUAUGUGACUCGACAAGGAGAGCGCCAAUUUCUUCUCCAGGGGAAGAAGGUAAACGGUAUAAGUUUGGGGGUUUACUUUGGAGAGUGCGAAAAUAGAAGAAUUUAUUAAGCCCCAACACUUUUCUUUCUUGGUCAGAGCACUAAGAGGAUAUUUUUGUUACCUCAUAUCUUUGAUAUCACACAGAGCAAUCUCAAAUGGCGCCAGCUUACAAUGAAAAUGUGAUGAACGUGGAGGUCACAUCCCACGUCAGUAAUAAGUCUAGCAUUCUUAGUAGCGUUCUACACGGAAUACAAGAUGUGAGAUUGGAAGUUCGCAAUAUCGCCGAACCUCUCAUCGGUGAACUCCAAGUUCAGAUCAAAUCGACUGGCAUCUGCGGUUCCGAUGUAAGCUAUUACAAGAAGUUCGCUAAUGGCGAUUUAUGUGCUUGUGCGCCUCUAUCUCUUGGUCAUGAAGCUUCAGGUGUGGUUGUAGGAAUUGGACCACAAGUUAAUGGUUUUGCUAUUGGGGAUCGAGUCGCUCUCGAAGUGGGCAUAUCAUGUGGUCAAUGCGAUAUCUGUAGAAAAGGAAGAUAUAACCUUUGCAAGAAGAUGAGAUUCAGGAGUAGUGCAAAAAGUGUACCUCAUUUUCAGGGGACGUUGCAAGAGAGGAUCAAUCAUCCAGCUGUUUGGUGUCACAAGCUUCCGGAUCAUAUCUCAUUCGACGCUGCUGCACUUUUGGAACCACUCUCCGUGGCAAUUCAUUCUGUGAAUCGAGCAGCACCUACACCUGGGUCCACAGCCGUUGUCAUCGGAGCUGGAGCAGUAGGCCUCCUCGUCGCUGCCAUGGCUCGUCAAUCUGGUUGCCCUAUUGUAACGAUAACCGACAUCUCCGCGAACCGGGUCCAGUACGCCCUCGACCACGGUUUCGCUACCCACGGAUAUGUGAUUCCUCCUUCUAGCUCCAACUCCAGCGCUCCCUCUACUGCUUCCUCCUCGGGAACAUCCACUCCUUCUUUAGCUUCAGGAACCACAACACCUAUCUCUUCCUAUACCACCAUCUCCGAUCGUCUCAACUCUGCAAAAUGCACUGCUUCCGACAUCCUCUCCAUUUCAUCCCCAGAUGACAUCCUCGCCGAACACGACCACGAAGGCGCUGACAUGACCUUUGAAUGCACCGGCAAGGAAAUUUGCAUGCAAACCGCCAUCUACAGCACCAAACCGGGUGGAAAAGUAAUCAUGGUCGGCAUGGGAACACCCAUCCAAACGCUCCCUCUCUCCGCUGCUCAUCUCCGCGAAGUAGACAUUCUAGGUGUCUUCAGAUACGCAAAUACGUAUCCGACAGGUAUCAGAAUGUUGGGUGCUAGCGGGAAGAAAGGAGGUCUUCCGAGCUUGGACAACAUGGUUACGCAUCGGUUUAAAGGUCUGGGAAAUGCAAAGCAAGCAUUUGAGCUGGCGGGAAAGACGAUGGAUGAGAACGGGGAUCUUAUCUUAAAGGUGGUUAUUGAGGUAUAGAAGCGUACAAGGGGAAACGAUGGAGUUAUUUGACUUUUAUGGGACCAUAAUGAAUUUUUUCUUCUUUUCUUUCUUCCUUACGCACACGAUCUGGCAAUUUUUUUUUAGAUAAGAAGUCGAAGGUUAAUUUGGGAAAGUGGUUGGUGGGAUGAACCUGGUGUUUUACUGUGGAAGAAAGAUAUCUGGUAUAGGGUUGGCGUCAUGCUUUGAAGCCGGAGAUAGACAAAUCGAAUAUGUUUGCAAUUCAAUUGAUACAUUCG